AUAAACGAUAUCGUUCAUACCCCGCAAACAAUUUGCGGCCAGUAAAUAGCGUUAAAAACAAUAAAAGUAAGAGCUUAGAGCAUCUUAAAAAUAUUUGACAGUAAACUUUUUAAACUCUUACGUCAUUGUAACGUAAAAAUUGUACUUUAAGUGAAAUAUUUUUUGAAAUAAUCAAUAAAUAAAAUUAAGAUGGUGGAAAAAAAAGAGAAAGAUGAAAAGGUUGCUCGGAAAGACAGAAAACGCUCAGGAUCAUCAAGUUCUAAUGACAGUUCCAGCUCAUCAUCCAGCAGUUCAUCGUCUUCAAGCUCCAGCAGUUCAUCAUCAUCUUCGUCAUCUAGCAGUGGUGGCGAUCGUCGCAAACGUCGCCCAUCACGAUCCAAAAGCCGUAGCCCCGUGAGAAAACUUGAUUCGAAAGAAAAAGAUGGAAAAGACCGUCCCAAGUCUCGAGAUCGUGCUCGCUUGAGUUCUGAACGUGAUGGUAAUAAACGUCGAGGAUCAUCAGAUCGUCGUUCCCGAUCAAAGGACAGAGUUCGUCGCUCAAAGGAUCGAAGCCGCUCAAGAUCUCGUUCUACUUCAAUUCGUCGAAAACGUGAAAGAUCUCCAACUCCACGUCCGUCACGCAUUCAUAUUGGUCGUUUGACACGUAAUGUCACUAAAGAGCAUGUCAUUGAAAUCUUUAGUUGCUAUGGAGAAAUUAAGAACGUUGAAUUUCCAACUGAUCGCUAUCAUCCUCAAAACGGUCGAGGAUUUUGCUACGUCGAAUAUACAAACCCAGACGACGCUGAAAAUGCAAUGAAACAUAUGGACGGUGGACAAAUUGACGGAAAUGAAGUAACAGCUGCACCAGUUCUCAAUCCAAAGCCAUUGGCAAUGCGUAGAAGUCCAAUGAGACGUGGCCCUCCACCAAUGCGUAAUCGCUGGCGUGAUAUGAGAAAUCGUCGCAACGAUAGACGAUCUCCGGAUCGUCGUGACAGACGCUCACCACGUCGCAGAAGUCGCAGUCCACGUCGUCGUCGCUCAGUUUCUUCUGAUAGCUCACGUUAAAAAUGAACAAUCAUCAAUCAUUUCUCUUCAACUCUCACAAUUAAUAAUUAUAAAUUUUUGAACAUUUGUGAAGAAACAUAAAUAAAAAAUUUCUGAUAUAAAAACA